GGCAUAACUAUGGACACCACGGAUAGAGGCUAUCCUUGUACAAACGGGCUCAGCUUAGACCAAAAUCUAUCCAUGGGGCCCCUAGGGCCGCAGUCACCAUUGGAAAUGAAACCGGACGCUUCCACUCUAGGCCAGUUUAGUCCCCAAGGUCCGAACAGUCCAGGAUCGUUCUCUGUCGGUCAUGCCGGUCUACUCAGCCCUUCUUCUGGAGGACAGAAGGGUGCUACCUCGCCAUAUCCCCCCAACCAUCCGCUGAGUGGUUCCAAACAUCUGUGCUCGAUAUGUGGGGACAGGGCCAGUGGAAAACAUUAUGGAGUUUAUAGUUGUGAGGGUUGCAAAGGAUUUUUCAAGAGAACUGUUAGAAAAGAUCUCUCGUAUGCGUGCAGGGAAGAAAAAAAUUGCAUAAUUGACAAAAGACAAAGAAAUAGGUGCCAGUACUGUAGAUAUCAAAAAUGUUUAGCGAUGGGUAUGAAGCGAGAGGCUGUGCAAGAAGAGAGACAAAGGACGAAAGACAGGGACACAUCAGAAGUAGAAUCCACAUCAAACAUGCAAACAGAAAUGCCCAUUGAAAGGUUGUUGGAAGCUGAGAAGAGAGUUGAAUGCAAUGAUCCACCAGUACCAUUAGAGAGUGCUGUAACAAACAUUUGCCAAGCCACGAACAAACAGCUCCUCCAGUUGGUGGAAUGGGCAAAAUUGAUACCUCACUUUACAUCCUUACCAGUGUCCGAUCAGGUGCUCCUGCUACGAGCAGGCUGGAACGAACUCCUCAUCGCUGCCUUCUCACACAGGUCCAUACAAGCUCAGGAGGGUAUCGUUCUUGCCACUGGUCUCACUGUUAAUAAAUCCACAGCUCACGCCGUCGGAGUGGGAACUAUUUAUGACAGAGUUCUGUCAGAACUUGUUAAUAAAAUGAAGGAAAUGAGAAUGGAUAAGACAGAAUUGGGCUGUCUUCGAGCCAUCAUUCUAUUUAAUCCAGAUGUGAGAGGCCUGAAGUCGAUUCAGGAAGUAGAAAUACUAAGGGAAAAGAUAUACGCAGUAUUAGAAGAAUACACAAGGACAACCCACCCGAAUGAACCGGGUCGAUUUGCCAAACUGCUGCUCCGUUUGCCCGCUCUAAGGUCAAUCGGUCUUAAAUGCUUGGAACACUUAUUCUUCUUCAGGCUAAUUGGAGACGUAUCCAUAGAUACGUUUCUUACCGACAUGUUGGAAAAUUCAACGGAUACUUAAAUCUUGAAUACUUACAUCUAAACUUAUGGGGUAUAUCUGAGUUUCCCUCGUUUUAUCUUUACAAAUCUGUGAUUUUAUAUUAAUAUCUUUUUGGAUGAUGGUAUUAUUAGCUAUGUAUUUAUAUUUUAAAACGUUCUGUUUCAUGGAAAGACUUUUAGGACUUUAUAGAAAAUUUAUAUUGGUUUUUUCAAAAUUUUUAUUUAUUUUUAUUUAUGUAUGGUUUUAGAUGGAAAUUUUACAUUUUUACUCGACUAUGAUGUUAUCGAUGUAAAAAAAAAAAGGUUUUGAGAUAUAUGAGUAGAGUAGAUCUCACGGUUUUAAAGUCUUAUUUUUGUAUUUCGUUAUUAAAAAGUUAUAGCCAGUCGUUAUUAAAUUUACAAUUGUUUCAAGGAAGCAUUAUAUAAGCAUACAGUGUGUUCAUAAAUUACGGCCCAAGCAGGAGAAUUGUUUUUCAUUUUUUCUUUUGAGAAAAGUCGAUCCUCAUAAGACAUUUUACUUGUCAAAUUAAUUGCAUUAUCAUAUACAGGGUGAUCUUAAGGUGAGUCUUCAAAACUCGAAAUUUUUUCAAAGAGGUAUAGAAAAUA